UUUACACUUACCCACUGCACUGUAAAGUGCCUUACAAUGCAUUGUUUAUGACUGCUGAAACUAUAAAAUUAUAUAUUACAAUAUAGAUUAAAAUGAUGUAAAAUCGGUUUAAUUUCUCGUCAGUUUACGACUUUUCUGUGCUUAUUACCAUAGUUUUGUCGGAGGCAACACACUUUGCAUUAUCAUACAUGUAAAGUGAUUUUAUAGUACACAUGAUUUCUUGUAUGGGAUAUAAGAUUGCUGGUUUUGUAGCAUACAAUACCAUUUCAAAGCAGGUUCAUAUAAUUUGCUAAUGUAUAUUCAAUCCCAAAAUAACAAUGCGGUGAUUAUUGCAUGUUUUUUUCCCUUCUUUUAAAGAAUCAGCAUGGAUGAGCCAUCUGAUUCAUAUCCAGAAUGGAAAUUAGAGGAGUGUUGCAAACAAAUCAUCAGCUGCCAGGGCUGAGGAGCAUUUACUGAUUGCAGGCCACACUGAGUGCCAUGGAAGAUCCACUUGAUUAUGAACCAAUAGAAGAAAUUAGAGAUGUGCUGCAAACCAACAGGCCUGCUUCAGCAGCUGCAAUGAUCCAGGAAUAUUUGGAUCAGCAGAAUAAUAUUCCACUAAAUAUUGGCAUCACAGGAGAGUCUGGCUCUGGUAAAUCCACCUUUGUUAAUGCCUUUAGAGGCGUAGACAACAGAGAUGUGAGGGCCGCUCCUACUAGUUGUGUAGAAACCACCUCAGAUGUUACACCAUACCCCCAUCCAAACUAUCCCAAUGUCACAUUGUGGGAUCUCCCUGGCAUUGGAACCACCAGGUUUCCAGCUGACAAGUACCUGCAGCAUGUUGGAUUUGAGAGGUUUGACUUCUUCAUCAUCAUCUCAGCUGAUCGCUUCAGAGAAAAUGAUGUGAAACUCGCUCAGGAGAUUCAGAGGAUGAAGAAAAAGUUCUACUUUGUUCGCUCAAAGAUCGACCAGGACUUACGUAAUGCAGAAAGAAGUCAGAGGGAGUUCAACGCAGAAAAAACUCUGACACAAAUCAGGGAAAACUGCAUUCAAGGUCUUCAGAAACAAGGUGUUGAGUCUCCGCAGGUCUUCCUGGUGUCCAGCUUUGAGCUCCACCUGCAUGAUUUCCGUCUGUUACAGGAGACUCUAGAGAGAGAACUUCCUGCUCACAAGAGAAAAGCUCUGCUGUGUGCCCUGCCCAAUAUCAGCCGUGGGAUCAUCAACAAGAAGAAAGAGGUUUUACAGUCAACUGUAAAGUACUACGCCUCUCUAUCUGCAUUUGUAGAAUCUGCACCAAUGCCUGGGUUCACUGUCAUCAUUGCUGAUCUAAGCAUUGCAUUUAAAGCCAUCAAAAUGUACCAAGUUACUUUUGGUCUUGAUAGCGAGUCACUGCAGAAUUUUGCUCUUAGUGCAGGCGUGUCUGUAGCUGAUCUUAGAGCAGUUAUGACUUCCCCAGCGGCUGCAAUAGAGAUAAACAAAGACCUUGUUACUAACGUGAUCUACUAUUCUUCAGGCCAAACUUUAAUAACGGCAGCAGAGGAAGCAUACAGAUUCAUUCCAAGGUUUGGAAUCCCAGAAGCAAUGAGCCUCCCAUUCAUCACCACCCACAAUGUGCUCAGUAUUUCCCUCAGCAUGCUCGCUGAGGAUGCACAGAGAGUAUUUACGAGGGCCCUGGCUUUAAACACCUCAGUGUGAUAUUAUAAAUUAAGGAAAUAUGGCACAUUUAAAACAUUAGUGUUUAAAUAGCAUUUGAAUUCAACAGUCACUUCUUUACCUGAACUCCUUGGAUUUCACCUUAUUGAACAGAUUUAGUACUUAGUACUUACUUCAAGGUCUCCCUACUGCACUGAAGCUUCAGUGUUGUCCCUCAUUUUUAAGUCGCUCUGGAUAAAAGCAUCUGCAAAAUGACUAAGUAUAAAUGUAAAUGUUGAUUCCACCGAGUCCACUCAGGCGUGUAGCGUAUCAAUUGUAUCUGCAGGCCCUUAAUAAACACUUAGUUAUCAAAGCUGAACCCCUGUACCAUGUAAUGCUAUUUAUAGAAGUGAAGGACAGAAUAAUAGAAACAGCACUCUCUUCUUUGAUUGCUUUAGUUUUUAACGUCACAACUAAAUUCUCCAUGGCGUGGUCUCCAGGAGACGUUGGAAACAUUCCUCUGAGAUUCUCGUCCAUGUUUCUGAUCCGUCAGCUGCACAUUCAUGCAGCUUCUGUAUGUGCAUUACAGUAAAAAGAGACGGUUGUGAGUGUAAAUCACAGGAGAUCAGCAGUUUCAGGAACACUCAAACCAGCCUGUCUGACACCGACAGUCAUGUUCACAGUCAAACAUUCUGUUCCCAUUCUGAUGUUUGAUGUGAACAUUAACUGAAGCUCCUGACCUGUACCUGCAUGGUUCUAUACAUCGCAGUGCUGCCGUGUGAUUGGCUGAUCAGAUAAUUGCAUGAAUAAGAGGGUGUGUACCUAAUAAAGUGCUCGGUGACUCGGAGUGACCGCCCUCCAGUGAUCACAGUGAGGAACUACAUAUAUUACAGAAAGUUUAUCAUCAGCAUUCAUAUCACCACUGUAUCACUGCUUCUAUAAUGCCACUGCAAUAUAUACUGCACUCUAAUCCAAGGUGAGGUGCUGCACCUGCACUUUCUACCAUAUCCCACAUGACUGCUGUCAGGCCGUAGAUACAGGCUUUUAAAAAUUGAGCUUGAUGACUUUGUAUAUAGUUUUGUCUAUGAGUGUGAUACAUGUAUAUAUGCAAUGUGUAUAUAUGCUGACAGGGAAUGAAUGCCAUCUCUUUAUGUAUCUACGUUGUGGUGUGGUCAUGUUAAUGUUUCUGUUGCAAUUGUACAGGCUGUGAAAGCAAAUUUCCUGUAGUAAUAAAGACUAUUAUUGAUGAUUAUUUUCAUGAUAUGUCAAACAUUCAACAAGUUUUUUUGAUUAAGCCGACUUCUUGUGCUUAACAGUGUGAGCAUGUAGACACCAGUCUCUCUUCCUGUAUGUACACGUCAUCGAGUCUUUCUGUGUCAGUGAAAGGAAUAAACCAUCACUUGUAAGGGACAAAAGUUUAUUGUAACCCUACAAAAGACACAGGGUGAGAAAAAAAUACAAAACAAAAAUAAAAUUAUAGAAAUGAAAAAAAAAAAAAAGAUUCUCAUUCUUAUACAAGUCUCAAAACUAUCCAUCAUACACGGACCACAGUUUAAUUAUUCAUAUUCAUAUUUUUAAUAUAACAUUUUGUUGUAAUGCUGUGUGUACAUACAAAAUAUAGCAAACUAAAUAAGGCAAAUAAAUAGAGGUACAAUAUACAGGAAAAUGGAACAUUCCUCAAUGUUUUAAUCUUUUUUUAAUCUUAUCUCAAACAUCAAGAAUGGUGUACAAAAUGCUUUUUUUUUUUU